GCCAAGCGUUUUGUGAACAUUUCGAUAUGAACGCCUGCUGGUUGUAAAGCUAAGGUUUCAAUACAACCGUGGACAUAAUUGACCUGCUGGGAAUUGGGGAAAUACUUCUUUAUCCACGCCGUGAUUGUCACACCGGCGUAACUGCUGCGUUGGUCGAUACGCCGAUACGGGAUUAUUGCACCGGUCCCCGCGGAGAAACCUCAGGGGGUAGCUUGAUUUUCUCCACGAUUCAAUAUUCAUGUUCUGACACACAAGGGACGUCGUGCUGUGUUUGUACGCUCCAAACUAGAUAGCAUACCGCAGAUAGACGGGAAACGUGGAGGCAGACGAAAGUGUUUUAGUACGCAGACGACUUUUGAAAAAAAAAAUUCACGCGUAUAUAUACAUGACUACAACUAAACAUCCUGUUAUAUACGGAGGACAAUUUAUACACGCGCACGGAAUUCCCGCGCUUUUGAGAGUAAUAAGUUCCGGCAAAGUUUUGUUGCGACAGUUAUAUCAAAUAGUCGUGAAACUUAAAUCAUGCUGUGAAAUGUGCCUCGUUCUAGUAAACCGUUAAUUUUAUUUAUCAAUCAAAGGCAAAGUGACUUAACGAAUGUAUUCAAUAUAUACUACCUUUACCAAAGGAAGUUAAAUUGGACUAUUGGCAUUUGGUGCAGACAACACAUCGGGGAAAGAAUGUCACGGAGAAAACAGGCACGACCGAGGCUAAUCAAACGCGAAGAAGAUGAUUCGGAAGCGAACACCUCGUUCCUAGCGUCGGACGAACCAGAAAUUAAGAAGAUCAAAUUAGACGCAAUUGCAAAUGGCCACAGCAACAAGGUAUCCAAUGGCAACGGAAAGGCGGACAUGACGUCAGAGCCGGUGUCGUCCCCGAGUAAGACGGAAGUAACUGAAAUAUUCCGAUGCGAGACUUGUGGCGCAACCUUCGGAAAUCUCUUGAAUUUCAUGGACCAUAAGAACACGCUCUGCAAUACAACAGUUGAAGUGAAGAUCGAACGAGAUGGUAGCUGCACUCCCCGUUCGGUAGAUUCCCAGGAUUCUGCUUCCGGCUUAUCGGUGACGUCACAAGCGGAAAGCGCCGGGAAACAGGCGAACGUCAAAGGGCCGCCUUUCAAGUGCGGGAAGUGCCCGCGCGUUUUCAAAGCGAGGCACACUCGCGAUCGUCACCUGAAAUUGCACGAGGAGGAAAAGUGUACCCGGUGUGACGCCGUUUUCGCGAGGGACGACGACCUAUUGAACCACAUGAAGACAGAGCAUGACUCACCGGAAGUGUUCAGCUGUCAAAUUUGUGAUCUGGAGUUUCCGUCAAUGGCCGCCCUUAUGUCGCACCAGAACGCCCACAAGCCCAAAACCGCGCGCUCAAAACAUGACGCCAACGACGGUGGCACGUGUCUAGAAAGCGGCGCUGUGUUUUUAUGUGCCACUGACAGAGAAAGUCACGCAAGCGGAAACAAGGCGUUCCAGUGUAAACACUGCGCUGCCAUCUGCGUCGGACCAAUCGCGUUGGCGCUUCACAUUGAGCAUGCGCAUUCAACCUUUCGUUCUGAUCACAACAGAUGCCCGCUCUGUUUCAAGUAUUUCUUAAGUCUAGACGAACUUGUUGCCCACAUGAAAAGUCACGAUUCGAAUGCGAACGGUAUUGACACCAAAGACAGCAAUAUAGAAUGUAUUGAAUUCAAAGGCGUCGAAUACGGGGCAAGUAUACUGUCGUCUGUUAACGGCAUGUGCGUAUCUGACAUCCUCAUAUGUCCGUACUGUUUCCGGGACGAUUUUGACUCGCUGGAAGGCUUGGAACUUCACAUGCAAAGCGUGCACACCGUCAAGCCCACGGAGGUGUACACGUGCAACUACUGCAACGCACCGUACAAGAACCUCUACAGCCUGCACGAGCACAUGCGGGCGAUUCACCAAAACAAGCCCAGCAUGGGAAUCAAAUACCCGUGCAGCCUGUGCGGCAAAGAGUUCUCGAGCAUCGAAUCGCUACAAGACCACAAGAAGCGGAACCACCACAACAAACAGAGACAAGCGGACAAUGUAUAUACAUGCAGCUUUUGUGCGCUCCUAUUUCUAAGCCCGUCGGCUUUGAAUGAGCACAUCACAAAUACUCACGCCGAUCUCGUGAGACGAUUUGAAGAACGAAAUCAUGGGAAAAGUCCCGAAAUUCUGACCAAUUCAUCCCGACUUUCAGUCCCGGUGGCCCGAUCUAAAGACACGCUUUCGUCGUAUCCCGAAAACAACACAAUCAUAAACGUGCCCGAACCUUCGCAAAUACUGCGGCAUCUGAGGUCCCCCGCACAGAAGCUUGCAAGCCCCACUAGCACCAUACACCAUAGAGCAACGAUGCCUAGCAACAAGUCGAAGUCGUCUCCAAGCCGACCACAUUCUGCUGGUAGUAGGAAAGUGGAGAAUACUCCAAGAACAGAAGGAAUGAAAUGUGAGCAGUGCAAUGCGCAGUUUACCGACCUUGAUAUUUUCGAAACGCACAUGAAACUGCACUCUGGGUCUAUGAUUGGCCAACUAACAUGCCGCCAAUGUUCAAAGCUGUUCCUGACAGAAGAGCAGCUGGAGGCGCACCUGUCGCUCCACUUCCUGUCGCCUGUGAGCGAGUACGGCUGUAAGAGCUGCAACAAGACUUACGAUAAGCCCGACGAGCUUCAGAAACACCUGAUGGACAUCCAUGCCAUCAAUCUGUACCAGUGUUCUCUCUGUAAGGACGUCUACGAUUCCAAGGUCAAUAUACAGGUCCAUUUUGCUAUCAAGCACAGUAACGAGUGCAAGCUGUACAGGUGCUCUACUUGCGAUGUCGUGUACCGGCGGGAAAGCGAGUGGCUACUGCACCUGCGCGUGAAACAUCUGCAACUCUCAAAACCUUACAGAUGUCUGUUCUGCAAGGAGUCAUUCAGCGUGGAAAUGGAUCUGCAGUGCCACCUAGCGACGCACAACAAACUAUUCAAAUGCUCCAUGUGCGAGGAAUCGUUUCUCGUGGAAUACCUGCUCGAUAAACACCUACAGCUCGUGCAUUCCGAAGCGGGAAGCAGUUCGGAAACCGGAAACAUCCAUUAUGACGUCACCAGUUCUAACGGAACGCAUGCAAAAACGGAUAAAAGCGAUGUUGUCAUCAAGCAGGAGUCGGGAACCAGUUCAAUGCUGUUCAAUAAAAAUGUUACAACCAAAGCGUGGAGCCAGCCAAGCGGAACUCUUGUCGCCGGAAGCGCCACCCUCCUGGGAGACAAUCACCAGUUAUUUCAAAAGCUGACUAGUUCGGCGAAUGGCGGCGGUAUUUUACUGAGCGACGGUAGUGGUCCGUUGUUUCCGUCCGGACUCCCAAACGUUAUAAGCAGUGGAUCGUUGGUGUGGAAGAGUCCAGAAGAUCUAUACAGAUGCAAUAUUUGUGACGUAAAGUUUGGCAAACUUUCGGCUCUGCAGAGCCACAAAAUGCAGGACCAUGGUCUGAAGCUCGUAAUUGGCAACAAAUACAGUCCGGAGAGCAGUCCAAAGCACGUGACCUCAACUUCCGGUAGUUUUGAAAGUAACCCCGUAAUUUACAUAGACACAGUGAGCAGAAAUGGGACAGAACCGGAAAUAUCGUCUGUUUCGGACAAACCCGCCUCGUUAUUACACACGGCGCUUACCUCAUCGCUGACGUCAUCGAUGUCUUUGACUGGAGUUAAUUUACCAGAAUCGCCAACAUCGGAAGCUACAUAUUCAGAGAAAUUAAUCUCUACUUACGGUGACAAAGUUUGCUUGGCGUGCCCGUUUUGUAGCCAGACUUUUAAAAGCAAAUCUGAAUUAGAAAAGCAUAGUAAGAUCCACGUAAACACCGGGUCACAGAAGUGUAACAUUUGCGACGAGGUGUUCGAAUCCUCUGGUAUUUUGGCGGAACAUAAACUUACACAUUGCAAGAUACAGCAGGGCAAUGUUUGUGUUGCUUGCAAAAUGCCGCUGAACGUUGAAGAACAAUUCUAUCUCCAUUCGCAGGAACAUGGUUUCCAAGGGGCAGUAAUGCAAUGCAUUGUGUGCAGACAAACUCUUUCGUCGCUGCUAGAACUACAAAUGCACGGAAAGCAUCACUUCCAAAGUAGGUCAUUCUGUAGUUACACUUGUUGUGUUUGUCUCAAAAGUUUUGAUUCAGAUGAAAAUCUCGUGUCGAAAAUAAAUGGCUCCGGUCGGACCUAUUACAUCUGCAAACCGUGCUACCUUGGAAAGGCGGAAUUCCCGUGCCCACAGUGCGGCGCUAGAUACACGACUUCAAGCGGUCUCGAAGAACAUGUGCACUCGCACAAAAAGUCCUACCAGUGCAUCAAAUGCCAGGAAUCGUUCAGUUCUGAGCAGGAAAUACAACUGCACGUGGCGACACAUAUGAUGACGGAAGGCAAUAUCCACGAAUGUUGCAUAUGUUUCACAAUCUUAGAUUCGCCAGCAAAACUUCAGUGCCAUUUAAUAGAACACACUUUUGCGAAUUCUGAAUUCAAAUGCCACGCAUGCGGGAGGAAAUUCAAAAGCGCGGCCGAGAUCCAAACUCACGCACUUGAUCAUGGCGUCUUGGCGCGAAAGUUCAACUGUUCCUUAUGCAGUCAACGAUUUUUCUUCAGUGCAGAAUUGGAAAAUCACAAUUACGUUCAUCAAAAGUCGCGUGAAACAAGUUUAUCUGACAGCGAUAAAGGGUUUUUAAGUCAGCAUCUGACAAUAUAUCCACUUGCACACCCAGUCUUUGAGGAAAAGCCAGUCUCGUCUCUCAGAGGUCACAGCCCGGGGAAAGGUCAAAGCACAGUCAAAUUUCAAAGCCCAGCACAAAACGUCAAAAAGCAUGUUGAAGAUUCAGACUUGUCAUGCACAAAAUGUGACAAGAGUUUCAGAUCGGUCAUUCUUCUGUCGGAGCAUUACAAAAUGUGCAAUGUGGCAUCAUUGGCGUCGGCUGUAGGGUCAUGGACACAUGGAUGCCCUUGUUGCUCAGAGAAUUUCCAGACUUUGAGUGAACUUCAGAAUCAUAUGUAUAAAGAACAUUCCAAGGCCGAGUCCAUGGACCCCAUGAAGUUGAGGCACACGUGCAGCGAGUGUGGCAAGGAAUGUUCAUCGGAGCAUAAUCUUCUGACACACAUGAGCACGCAUAGAAAAGGAGAGAAGCACGUAUGUUCCAAAUGCAAUCGUGUGUUUUCAACAGCUGUCGGCUUGUCUGUUCACAUGGCGGCGAAAUGCCAUGGUUACCAGUACGAAUGUCCUGUGUGUCAAGUACGAUUUGCAAAGAAAACCCAAAAGAUGGAUCACAUGAAGUCGCACAGUGGUGACAAAGUGUAUCCUUGCCUACAGUGCGGACUACUUUUUACGUGCAAAGAGAAACUGAAUGUGCACUCGGACCAACAUUCAUUGGAGACGGAUUCGAGUCAGGUUCCCGAUGAAGCAAACGUCAUGGAUGAAAUAAUCGCCUCUAGUGAAGACGUCGCUGCCAACGGUGAUGUCACAAGUGUUGAGCAAAAAGACGCUAGAGAUAAAUCAGACAGUGAGAAGGAUGGCAUGAAACCGGAAGUAACGAGCACGUGUUCUCUGUCAGACGAAGGCUCGAUGGAUUAAUGUUGAUGAGCUGUUAAGAAAUUGCAUGUGUGGGUGUUGAUAAUAAGUGAACGCUUUAAUCGUUGUUAAAUUAGAUCUGUAUUUUUAUUUAAAUAGAAAAUGCUUCUAUUUUACAAUGAUCACCAUAUGUUCGUGUCCUAUAAACCACUGUUACCUGGAUUUUCCUUCAUUCUGUGUAUAAUAGUUUCACCAAACACCUUAUAAAAAUGUUCGCUCGUUUAUUCAUAUGAUCUGUUGAAUAACUUAGAAAACUGUAUGUUUGUGAAUACACACAAAAAACACUUACACAAAACUUAACCUCUGUACCAUUUGAUUCCAUGCUAUUAUCGCGUAUGAACAUUCCAUAACCAGUUUGAUAGAUUUUUGUUUAAAAAUGUAUAAUAAUGUUUUCAGAAAUGACAUAUGUUUGAUAUGAUGAAUUGAUGCACACGUUUAGCAAAACAUCACUAAACUGUCGUUAUUUAUGAUUGUGUAAAAUAUUUUCACAUGUGUGUAUACUAAGAUUGGUCUGAUGUUGCUUUAAAACAUUGUUUCCUUGUUGUUUGAUAUGAUAACAGUAAACACAGUCGUUAUUAUUUCAUUAAAAUAGAGAAAAACCAA